GAGGGUGUGGGAGGCGCGGGGCCCUGAGCUUUCCCUGGGCUCUGAUUGCUUGGCAGUCAGAGAAGCGAGUAGCGGAACCUCGCGCCCAGGACCUGAGCUGGGAGCUUGGGGCAAACAGCCCACCACCGCUGCCCCAGGCGCCUCAGGCCCUGCUAGGUGGGCACCUGUGGAGGGACUAGCAUUCCGGGCCACACCUGGUGGCCACUGUGGAAAAUCGGGAAAAUCGCCAGGACUCCACAGAGGCAGCGGUCCGGAUCCGAGGGCGUCUGUCCAUGCCCUGCGCUCCACCAGCUUCCAGGGCCCCCAAAGGCUCCUGCGGUGGCGUCUGUGGGACUUGGCCACUGCCACUCCACCCUAAAGAUCAUCUUCCUGAGGGAAGAGGACUGAGGUGUUACACAAGAUGUUUGUGAUUAAUGAUCCCCAGAACCUGCAGAUUUUGUAUGAAUCCUUGGAAAAGAGCAUUCCUGAGUCCUAUAAGGUAUAUGGUGCCAUUUUUCACAUUAAAAAUAAAAACCCAUUCAACUUGGAGGUGCUGGUGGAUGCCUGGCCAGAUUAUCAGAUAGUCAUUACUCGGCCUAAGAAAGAGGAGAUGAAAGAUGAUCUGGAUCACUAUACCAACAGUUACCACAUCUUCACUGAAGCUCCUGACAACCUGGAGGAAGCCCUGGCAUCCCCCCAGGUUAUCAACUGGGAACAAGCCUUCCAGAUCCAAGGUUGUCAAGAGAACUUGGGUGAGGCAAUAAGAAAGGUUUCCGCUUCAAAAUCAGUGCAGGUGGAUUACAGGAAGACCAUGCUUUUUACAUUAGAUAUACCAGAGAAAUUCAAGACAUCAAGUGAUGGCAAUGAGAAUUUGAUGGAACUACUUAAAAGGUUCAACACGGAUGAAGCUAGCAAGCAAAGAAAUUUUCUGAGCAUCUUGUUGGAUGCCUCACAUGCAGGGGUUGUGAAUGAGCAUUGGGACUAUGGAAAAAAUGAGAGGAGCUUGAAAUAUGUUGAACACUGCCUUCAGCAUUUUCCAGGAUUUGGCGUGCUGGGUCCAGAGGGGGAUCUUAUCUCUUGGGUUGUGAUGGAACAGUCCUGUGAGAUAAGAAUGGGACAUACUGUCCCUAAAUACCGACGCCAAGGCGUCAUGAUGCAAAUUGGUUAUCAUGUGAAAGAGUAUCUUAUUCAGAAAAAAAUACCAUUCUAUUUUCAUGUAGCAGAUGAUAAGGAAAUUUACAAACAGACGGUGAUAAACAAUGGGUUUAAGUGUCUUUCUUGUGGCUGGCAUCAGUGGAAGUGUACUCCCAAGAAAUAUUGCUGAUUAGUGCCAUUGUCCAUUUUGAGCCUUUCUUAUCAGUGAAAAUACAUCAGUACAAACAUGGUCAUCUAUAUUAGUGCAAAAAAAAUCAUCCAAUUUUUAGGGUCCAUGAAUUCCCUAAGCUAAUCUUUAUAUAAUAUUUUAAUUUUCCUCCUCAUUCAAUUUAUAGAAAAUUAGAAGCUUGACCCAUGGAUGCCAUACUUUUCCUUGAUAGUGACAGACAUUUCAGAAUUAAACUCACCCAAUGUCAAUCAUUAGAAUAAUUUAAAAGCAAUAUUUUAUUCUUUGAAGAUGUUUUUUUGUAAAAGAAUCCUGUCUUAUUUCAUGCUUCUAUCUUUGAAAAUAAAAAAAUCUUCUUUGAAAAAUGUCUCCUCUGAAUAGAUCAACCAAAGGACUUGUAUACAUGCAUAU